AACGGAAUUAUGAUGAACUGUCAAUUUUCUUGGCUCUGGACUUUAACGAAUUAUUUAUUUCCUCGUUUACCCAACGGGCACCUGCCGUUGGAUGCGACAGCGACGUCGUUUCACGUGCAAGGUGCGCGUUGCGUUUGACUGGAUUAUUUUGACGUUACGCACUUGCGGCAUUCUCACCUGUCAAAGGUAACGUGAUUUGGCGUGCAGGCUGGUGCAAGAUUUGUCACGUUUCAGUGAACACCAAUUAGCAGCUGAUUAUGUGGUUUAAUCUUGACUUACCAUUUUGAUUGCUGUAACAGGAUCAACCGAAAAUGUAAUCUGCAUGUAAUCGGCAACUAUUGACGUAUUUUUUUAUUAUUAUUAUUUUUUUUACUUUGGUUUGCUGGUUGCAUGACAAAUGUGACCAGUUGCAAACAAGAUGUAGUUGGAACCUUGUGACUUUUCCUUUGGCAAUAUCCGUCCAUGUUUUUAUUGUGAUAAAUAAUAUUGUUUUAUUAAUUUAUUUUGUUUCGUAUGUGAUAUGUUUUAAUAUUGGAUUAAUUAAUUACAAUGGCAACUACGUUGCAUCUUCCGCAACCUCCUCCGCCAAAGCCGCAUGGUGGUAAACGAGGACCCUCCGGUCCCAUACAGAUAAUUAACUCUAGUGAUGAGGAGGAAACGGACCACUGUGAUAGCAUUAGCUUACCAAACCCAAGUCCACGAAACCGUCCCGUCAGUCCAUCCGUUUCGACAUAUGGCUGUGAUCAUGACCAUGACUAUGAAAACGUUGCUUCGCCGACCAGUAGUACGGCAAGCGGACCUGUUUAUGUGCGCCCACCUGGAUUUAAACAUCAUGCACACGAGAUUGUUGCUAAAUCAAGAAUUAAGAAAAAGAAGACUGCAACGCCAUUUAUGUCGCUCAAAGAUGGAUUUAGAAGAAGAGAACAGACACCUCCUAAAAUGAGACCAAAGAGAGACCAGGUUCCGAUGAGAUUACGGGCCUUGCCUCAAUCAUUCUGGCAGCAGCCGAACGUCCCUCACCAGGUUUCCCCUGGCAACAUGUUUCCGAUUCUACCGCCACUGUACAACAAGGAGACAGAGGAAGAUGUUACAGAGAUAAGACCGGUAACGCCGCCUGAAGAACGGGAAGAAAGGGAGGUAACCAAGAGACCGCCCCGCUGUCCGGACAGAAAGGUGACAGUGGCCAACACAGAUUUACUCUUUCAACUCUUCGACGUUGUGGACGACAAGAAGUUGACGAGUCAGCAUCUCAAACGAGGAAGGCCGAAGAAAGCUCUUCAUCCUAAGAAUCCUAACAACUUGGUCGGUUUGAUAGGAACAGAUGACCCAUACUUGGUAGACGCAGUUUCACAAAAACUCUUUCCUCAGUUGUCGUUAGAAAACGGUCGGAACCCCAUAUACGGCAAUACGUCGUUACAAGUGAUAACCGUGAAGGGCGACGGCGGUAAGUCCGUAACGUUGCCCUCACUCAGCACGGACACGAACUAUGCACAGAUGUUGUCUGAGUUAGUUAUGCACAUAUGAAUCUAAGUGGAAAAUAUUCAGAUAUUCGAGAACAGCUUUGGAAAGUGCUUAUCAGUACCAUAUUUGUCGGAGAUUGGUUUGAAUAAUUUUUUGACCAGCUUACCAUCCAUCAAAAAAACUGUUCAAGCACGCCUGUUGUGGGUACAACCUCAGACUUCUAUUCUAGGAUAUAUAUUGAGGACAAGUUUAGAAAGUGCUCAAUUACAGGAUAUGUCAAAGAUGGGUAUGGCUCAUUUUGGCCUGCUUACCCUCCAUCAAAAACCUGUUCAAGCACGCCUGUUGUGGGUACAACCUCUGACUUCUAUUCUAGGACAUAUCGAAGACAAGUUUGGAAAGUGCUCAACUACAGGAUAUGUCAGAGAUGGGUAUGGCUCAUUUUUGGCCUGCUUACCCUCCAUCAAAAACCUGUUCAAGCACGCCUGUUGUGGGUACAACCUCUGACUUCUAUUCUAGGACAUAUCGAAGUCAAGUUUGGAAAAUGCUUAUUACAGGAUUUGCCGGAGAUGGGUAUGGCUCAUUUUUGGCCUGCUUACCCUCCAUCAAAAACCUGUUCAAGCACGCCUGUUGUGGGUACAACCUCUGACUUCUGUAGAAUGGACACGAGUGAUUCUGAGCCAACCAACCAAAAGUCUUAUUUUCGUGCCUAUAUCCACCGAAGGUUCAAGUAUGCCCAUCCUGGUCAUCAACCUCUGACAAAUGUUGGUGGUAUCGAUUGAGACAGAUACGGAUGGUGUUCAAGGUACUUAUGCAUUUAUGUGGAUUAAAGGUGAUUAGAAAAAAAAGAAAAAGUGCUUAAAAAGAGAGAUACAGGAUAGUUGUGGAGAACCUUUCUUGGAAUUAACAAAACUUAAAUAAUAACAGUUGGUAACAGUUAUUUAUAUGCACAAGUGAAUUAAAGGUGAAUGAAUUGUGAUAUUUUUAAAAGAAACUAAAACUAUAUAUACAUACAUUGUGGUAAGUGCUUUAUGUUGUGAAGGGAGAUAACUGUGAAUAGACCAGUGGUAACAAUAAUUGAAUGAAACUAAAUGAUAUUUAAAAAUGAAUAAAUUAGUGAAUCAUUUAUUAAAAAUUGUUAAACAUUUAUUAAAAUUAGUGAAUUGUUUAUUAAAUUAAAAAUGUUUUUUAAUGAAUCAAGACACUAAUUUUCUGUAAACCAGAAUAUGAACUAACAGACAGUUGACUUUUUUUAAAUUGGGCGUCAAAAUAACUCUAUUUAUGCAUAAUUUAGGCUACUAUGAAUAAAUUUCAAAAUGAAUGUUUUUUUUCUCUCAUUUUGAAAUCUGUUGUGUGGGUUUUUUAUGAAGUGUUACAAAUCAAACGACAGUUUGUACAUAAUUAUGCACAAUAUAACCAGUUUGUGAUCGGGUGUAGUUAAACAUUCAAUAAUUCAGUAUAUAACCAGUGUAAAAUAACCAUCAUGCUCCCCGUACUAAAAUGUAAUUGCAAAACAACCCAAAGUUUUGUCAUGUUGUAAUGUUCCAGAAAUUAUUAGUUGAAUGGAAUGGGAACACCCUUAAAAUAAAUAUCUGGUUGGUUUUUUUCAAAUGGAGGAAAAAAAGGAGAUACAAAGUAAUAAUUUUAUAUAUCUUUCUUACUCUUACAGUGUCCAUGAAUAUUUGUCCAGUCUCUUUCAAACUGUCUCUCCUCCCUCUAUCUCUCAUCCCCCUCUCUCUCUGUCUGUCUCCCACUCCCCUCUCUCUCUGUCUCUCUAUCUCUUUCUAUCUCUUCCUCUCUCUCUCUCCC